AUGAAGAUCAAGAUCUCCUCGUCGGCCCUUGUGCUGGCCACUCUCUCCUUCGUUGCCGCCAACAACACGUGCGGCGGUGACCCCGUCCCCGUCCCCACCUACUCGCAGGCUCCCCUCGGCGGCUGCUACUGCACUUGCACCAACGGCUUCAACCCUGCUGGCGGUACUGGUCCCUUCGGCGGCGGAUUCGGCCAGGGCUCUGGCGCUGGCGUCGGCUCUGGUUCUGGAUCCGGUAGCGGCUCUGGAUCUGGAUCUGGCUCUGGCUCUGGCUCGGGCUCGGGCUCCGGUUCAGGCUCUGGCUCCGGCUCUGGCUCUGGCUCCAACGGCGGUGGAUCCAACGGUGGUGGCUCCAACGGUGGUGGCUCCAACGGUGGUGGCUCCGAGAGCAGCGGUGGCUCGAACGGUGGCGGAAGCAACGGCGGCGGAAACGGUGGCGGAAACGGUGGUGGUAACGGUGGUGGAAACGGUGGUGGAAACGGUGGUGGCGGCGGCACUGGCAACAGUGGUACUCAGCCCGGCGGCGGCGGCAACAACGGUGGUGGCAACAACGGUGGCGGCAACAACGGCACUACCCCUGGCGGCGGUGGUACUGGCAACAGCGGUGGCCAGCCCGGCGGCGGCAACAACGGCACUACCCCUGGUGGUGGCGGAACCGGUAACAACGGCACCACCCCCGGUGGCGGAAACAACGGUACCACUCCUGGCGGCGGUAGCACCGGCAACAACGGUACCAGCCCCACGUGCUUCGACGCCAACGGACUAGUCGUAGUCUGCCUGGGCGUCGGCGGCAACGGUUCGAUCAACGGCUCCGUCGGUAUCGGUGGUGGUCUCGUUGGUGGCAACAUCACCACGGGUGGUGGUCUCUCCAACAUCAACGGCUCGGUCGGCAUCGGCAACGGUGCGGUCACUGGCAACCUCACCACGGGCUCCAAUCCUCUCAACGCCACCACCUGCCUCGACGCUAAGGGACUCGUCGUUGCCUGUGUCACCGUCGGUAACGGUAUCAUCACCAACACCACUGCUGGUGUCAACGUCGGCAACGGUGUGAUUACCGGUGGCAUCAACACCGGCAACGGUCUGCAGAACUCGUCGACGGGCCUCAACAUUGGCAACGGCACCCUCGUGAUUGGUAGCAACGGCACCAACCUGGGUGGUAGCUCCAACCUCAUCCCUGGUGGCUCGGUCUCGACUGGCGGCCUGACGGGCGCCAUUGGCGGUCUCCUCGGUGGCCUCACCGGCGGCUCGGGCUCCGGCUCGGGCUCCGCUUCGUCGUCGUCUUCGGCGAGCAACCCUAUCCAGACCAUCAUCAGCAGCAACCCCAUUACUGGUAACUCGGGCUCGGGCUCGAGCGGCUCGUCGUCGUCCUCGGCCUCCAACCCCAUCCAGUCGAUCAUCAACAACAACCCUAUCACUGGUAACUCGGGCUCCUCCGGCUCCGGCUCCGGCUCUGGCUCUAGCGGCUCCUCGUCCUCGUCGGCGAGCAACCCUAUCCAGUCGGCCAUCAACAACAACCCCAUCACCGGCUCGUCGGGUAGCAGCAACCCUGUGACUGGCGGCUCCUCUUCCGGCUCGGGCUCUGGUUCGUCGGGUAGCAGCAGCUCCUCGUCGGCUAGCACCCCCGCCUCCACCAGCGCGUCUGGCGGCAACCCCAUCACCACCAUCGUCUCGACCGUCAGCAAGGAGCUCGGCUCCGCCACCGGCCUCCGCAGGCGCGCCGUCGGCAGGAUGUUCGGUCGCGCUUAA